AAAUAAUAACCAGAAAUAUAAAACUGCUCUUGAGUUGGGUAAAUACCACAAUUUUGCGGUGAUAACUAUGACAUAUAUAAAAGCUGAUUCAUGACGUCACGGAUCUUAUAACCAAACUGAUAACCACACUCGCUUGAACGGAUCGGUAAAUACCAAUGCAAAAUCGUAAAUACCAUUUUCAUUCGGUUGUCCGCUUGAAUUUGACUAUAACGUCAAAAUCGAGCGGUAAAACGAAACAGUAGAAAACUGUGAAUAUCAAGGAGGCCAUCAGAGAUAAACCCUUGAGGCCAUAAUGGCGUCCUACAAUAAUUGUUGGGACGACUGACGAUAGCGAUACGGCCCUUAAUUAUAGGUAAAGUUUGAAAAAUAUACCUACCGUCCUCAGAAACACUUCCCUUAUCGUACUGCUUAUCCGGUACUUGCUGCUUAUAUGGUGGCCACCACACCCGUUUCUUCUCGGCGUCAGGCACUUUUCAUGCACUAUGGCAAUAUCGCCCCUAGCACCACCACCAAUUUCUGAAAAUACUAUUCUUAUGCACAUGGCGUGAGCCAAAGGCAUAGAUACUGUCACGACGCUGUUCUUGAUUAAACGAUGAGCAGGAACACAGUAUGGCUUUUGUCGCAUUUAAACUUUAGAAUUUACAGGAAGAUAAAGAUACGUGCACAUUUCGCAAAAUGCAAAAUUGAUGCAGGAUGGACAACGCGACGUAAGAAACAAUAUGGGGUUCGUGUGUUCGUGAUGGGCAGCGUGGUAAAGGCUUUGAUUGGAUCGGAUACACAUACACUGAAGAUAAGAUAUUGCGCAUGUGGGCGGAGCUUCGUGACGUCGUCCGGAGAGUUAUUGGCUCCUGGUUACCAGCGGCAGGAUUGUCGUAAUCGUAAUCGUCACAGCAGUGCACGUAUAUAGUGGUUAAUACUAUAUAGUGCGAUUUGUUGAUGACUUUUGGUGGUUUUGUGACCUGUUGUAUUAGUUAUACGUACUUUAUAUACCCUGUGUGGUUGUUAUAUUGAUAAACAUGCGGUGUGCUGUUGUGGGAUGUAAUUCCGACAACCAAUCUAAACGGAAUCCUUGCAAAGACAUAAAGUUCCACAGUUUUCCUCAAGACCCAAACCUUAGCAAAAAAUGGCUAUACCUUACAAAAAGAAAAGACAAAGUCAAUGUUAAAAGUGCUAGGGUUUGCUCGAAGCACUUUUGUGAAAGUGCCUAUAAGGUCAAUUUAAAACAUACAUUUUUGGGUUAUACCCCUAAAAGUUACCGUGCUCUAAAAGAUGAUGCCAUUCCUACAGAAAAUUUACCAAACUCUCAUCAAUCAUCACCUGGACCUUCUACAUCUAUUGCUGGGGAAAAGCAGAAAAGUGCUUACGAAAAAAGGCAAAGGGCUCAAUUUAUUCAAGACAUGACCAAAGACAGUAUAAAAAGUGAUCCUGACAAUGCUACAGCUUGUAUCAAAACUGAAGAAAAAACUGAGGCUAUUGAGUUGCAAGCAAAUGAAAUCAAGCUAGAAGAUGAUCUAGAUAAUGCAACAUUGGAAAUCACUGAGGGAUUAAUUGCCAAAAGUGAAUAUGAUGACAGGUCCAUGGAUGUAAUUCCAGAUAUGAUUUACAAUGGAAUUAAUAAUGAUUACAUUAAAGAGGAGGAUGGGCCAAAGUUUACUCCCGUUGAUUAUGAAAUGCCUAUGAAUACAGAUAAUGGUCAAAAUGUAGAUUUCUCUUGGCUUCAUUCCCAGUCCAACAUAGAAGGAGAAAGUCAUAUUUCAGCAAAAAUUGAAACUAUGACAGAAAUGAAAUUUGUAAAAGUAGAAAUCAAAACAGAACACCCAGAAAAUUAUAGUGAUGCAUUUGCAGUUUAUCAAAGCUCUUUGAAUAUCAGCAACAGUUACAAUGUAGAUGAGACAGUCUUAAACAGUAUAAAAAGUGAUCCUGACAAUGCUACAGCUUGUAUCAAAACUGAGGCUAUUGAGUUGCAACCAAAUGAAAUCAAGCUAGAAGAUGAUCUAGAUAAUGCAACAUUGGAAAUCACUGAGGGAUUAAUUGCCAAAAGUGAAUAUGAUGACAGGUCCAUGGAUUUAAUUCCAGAUAUGAUUUACAAUGGAAUGAAUAACGAUUACAUUAAAGAGGAGGAUGGGCCAAAGUUUACUCCUGUUGAUUAUGAAAUGCCUAUGAAUACAGAUAAUGGUCAAAAUUUAGAUUUCACUCGGCUUCAUUCCCAGUCUAACAUAGAUGGAGAAAGGUAAUUGUAGAUAACAAACUAUAACUACAAAUAUCAAUAGGAAAACGCGUGUACAAAGGAUACUGACACUUAACAGGUCGAAGGCAAAUUAUUUCCAGGGCCGGCUUCAGAGAUUUGUGAGUCCUGAGGCAAAGGAUAAAACAUGCGCCCUCGCCUCAUAUUAAUUUAAAGUUUUGCGCCCCCAAGACGCUGCGGGUCCUGAGGAAGCUGCCUCACUUCUUUAUCGCCUGUAACCAGCCCUGAUUAUCUGUAGCUCUGUCUCAUACACAUAAACGUUUUUUUUUCUUCAAAGUGACAUAUGCAUAAUAAAAACAUCGCGCUUUUAGCGUCUCAUUAAUGCCAGUUUAUCAAGCAAAUGGUAUUCCUAUAGAGCAGACUAUAAGAACGACAAUUUUUUUCUAUAUGACUUAUACAAGUGCUAAAAACAUUGUCUUUUAGUGUCACGUUAACGUUGAUAGGUAUGUCAGAUAAGUGGCAUUCCUAUGUAAAUUAUAUGAACGAAAACAGUGUCAACGUGUCCGUGUUGGUCACUGUCUCUGUAACAGCGGGAUGUCACAUCACUCCAUUUUUCAAGUGCUUUAUUCUUAUAGAACCAUCCACACCGAUUCCAAAUGAAGCAUCGCGGUUUUUAAGUGAACAUUAGGUCAGAUGCUCUAACUACAUUACUUUGAACAAACCAAGUAUCUAAGAUCGUGAAUAGUUUUUAGUUCUGAUUACGUCACAUUUGGCGUGAUGGAACGAUUUGAAUGAGGAGCUGAAUGCAGUAGCCAUGAUGUCUAGCCACAGCAUCAUCGAAUUCAUAAUUUAAAUGUCAUGUUUAGCUGCUGUUCUAGCAACGCGCUUUCAACGUUUGUAAAACAUGUCACUCUAAAUGCGUUGUCCAGCGUAAACUUUUUUUUCAGUUCUGUCGCAGGUAAACAGCAUCGUGUAGCAUGCAACAAAGCAACUGGAGAAUUAUUUAGUUGUUAUAACUGUGAGCAUACUGCUUGCUGUAAGGACCAUCUAGUUGAACAUAUGGAAGAACACAAACAACAUGCACAUUCUAUUUCAUCAACUUCUUGUAAUUCAAGUAGUAGUUUUAAAUGUAUCUAUUGUAGUUCGUCAUUUAAAACGAAAAGGACAUUGGAUGAACAUAUUGUCAAAAAACAUCCUACGUUUAAGUCAACUAUUAGUAGUAAGUUGCACGAAUGUACAUUUUGUUCAUAUAAAACGACCAAGAAGGAUAUGUUUAGUAAUCAUAUGUCCAAACAACAUCCUGACAAUGUUCACAUGCUCACUUGUAAAUAUUGCAAUGCAAUAUACAGUAGCAAAUCAGAUCUGGAUUAUCAUAUAGAUAAAAAACAUCCUGAAUUUAAACAUUGCACUUAUGAAAGUGGUCAAUAUAAGUGUAAUUAUUGUAAUGCAGUAUACCUUUCAAAAAGAGGGAUGAAUGUUCAUAUAGGUAAAAAACAUAAUGAGCUGACAUUUAUACUUUCGGAAUCAACAUCGCGGUCUGAGCUCUGUGUAUGUAAACAUUGCAAUGCGACAUUCUCAAGAAAAUGGACCAGGGAUAACCAUAUUCUUAGAAAACACCCCGAGUUUAUCUCAUCUACUAGUUGUAAAGUACUUGAAUGUACCUACUGUUCAUUUAAAACUGCCAUUAAGGAUACUUUUCAUAGGCAUAUGCUCAGACAUAAGCUUAACACAUGUAAACAUUGUAACGAGAGUUUCCAGACAGACAUGAUGUUGAACACCCAUAUAUUUCAGAAACAUGACAUUCCAUUUAAAUGAAUAUGAGUGUUGUACAUGUUUUCUUGGAUAACUCAUUACACUGAUGACUAUUUGAUAAACAGCUGAUUAGCAAAUGAUACCAAUUGAUUGAUUCUUCACUCUUAAUGCUGAAGGUUGGAAAAGUCCGGCCCAUUUCAAAAUUAUUUAUGAUGAAUAUAUUUAUUUUUACAUUUCAUUUUGUUUUAAUUCUAUAACCCCUUGCGAGCUUCGCCGCCCAUUUAUAAAACUUCACCAACUUCAAUACCAAAUGAAAACAAUAAUUCUUAUAACAAAAGUGUACUUUGUUGCAACUACUUCGAAUUCGUUUGAUUAUAAAUUGUCUAC